GUGGCCUGUGCCUAUUAUUGCCGCCGCUUCGUGCUGCCCCGGAGCGACCGCGGCUGCCGCGUUGACCCGUUCAGCGCAGCGAGGACACCCGUCGAAGCUGACACGCGUGCGCCGUCGCGCGCGCGCUCGCCCGCGGCACUAGCAGCACCUGCAGUGGUACAUCUAAGCCAUUUGGCGCGAGAGCCGCGGAGGAGCGCGGCCAAAGAAUUGCUCUAUCAUGCCCCGAAGCAACCAGGAGUUCAUUGCACACGACCGCGUCGUUGUAAAUUUAGACAGAGCCGAGAGCGCCAUAGUCGCCGCCCUCGACGAGCAGGCGGACCGCGACCACAAUGCGGUCAUAAAGCUCAAGCGCGUCGACGCACCGCCCCUGGGCCUGCGGCUCGGUCGCGUCAUUUUCAGUGAAGCGCCGAUGACCCAAGACAUAGAAAGAAGACUAGAGGAAGCUGGCAUUGUCCUUUCCCAGAGGGAUUCGCGGCUUCUUCGCUCGGGCGGUGUGAUGCAACCACGACUAGUUGUGGAAUUAGAAGACGUCUCCGAGAAGAACGAGUCGGCGGAAAGAGAGUAUGUUCGCGACGACGCGAACGCGACGUGGAGGCUAUCAACGAUGGACGCGGAAGUUUCAGUGUUUACUUCAGAUGUAGAUAACACCACUGGAGAUGUGCUUUCUAAGGCACAUAAUAGAAGCAAACUCUGGCUCAAGCGGCAGGGCGAAACCGAGUUUAGAAAUACGUGCGAAUACGUGAUGGUGCCAGGAGCUACCGAAGCUUCGCUGCGGGCCGCCUCGACGCACGUGUCCGCGAGCGCCCCGGCUACGUCCGCUGCGGAAGAGGAGAACUCGGACGACGACCUGUUGAACCUGUCCGAAGAUAAUUUAAGGGAUCAAAUCGCGCAGCUCAAGGCCGAGAACGCCGAACUCCGGGGCGGGGAAGUCGACGCCGACGCGGCGUCAUCGGACGAGGCGCGCCCGAGGGCGUCGGUGUCCCAGAUCAAGGUCGGAAGAGGUGACGAACUCCGCUACGGUCCUGAUCCAGAGGAUUUGAAUGUGCAGCGCGACGGUAGAGAUAGGAUCACUGGCGGCAGCGUCGACGUGCCCAUGAAGCCGCCGAAGCUGAAGUUUGUUUUUUAUUCGACGACGUUACACAAGGGCGCGAUUUCGCUCGUGCCGGAGGUGACGUGGCCGCCCUUCGAGGAGAUAUUGCCCGAGUCCAUCUCCAAUGUGCCGGCUCCACUAGAUGUUAUUGAAACGUUGGACAAGAACAAGGCGCGCGGCCUACUCGAGGAUUUAUUAACACGUAUGUUGCCGGUGUUCGCGGCUGAUGGAAGCGACGACAUGGCCUUGUUGGCACAGGCCCAUCACCUGUCUCCCGUCGUCUUACAUUAUUUGAAUUCUUUGUUAAAGAAUAUAGCAAGGACGCUCUACGACGGUAUUAGAGAGUUGCCCUACGACGCUCUCGAUCUGCUGGGCACGCUCAAGAUCGACACGGAUGAUUUCUGGGACCUGGUGAAUGCGCGAGACGAUAGGGUCCUCGAGAAACUGAGGGAUUGUUUAGAACGGUUGGUGUCUUCACCUCCCGAUCCCGAAGAGGAGCCGGAGCCGAAGCGGCAGCGGCGUCCUUCGUCGCCACGGGCUUUUGAUGAUGAAAGGCCAUCGGCAACCGAGCGAGAUGCUGAAAAACAAGAGGCCAAGAAGAAGGCGAUGAACGAGCUCCGCAUCAAAGUAGUGAAGUUGCUGUUAGAACAUCUAGUCGACGAGGCCCGAAAGCGCUUCAAGGACGAUGCUUACUCGACCGUUAUUUGGCGCACGCGUCCGCGUCCAAAACAACCAGUACGAGGUCCGGGCCGGCCCGGGUUUAUGACCCAAUCUAUUACGGACCGGCUACGCGUCGCCGCCGCCUUCCUACUCGAUCGUAGACUUGUUUUACACACAGGGAAGCCCGGCUGGAAGAUAAAAGGAAUAACUCUUGCUAAAUUGAUGAACCGGUGGCGCGAAGGGAGAGACUCGUCGUGCGCGAGCUGCGUCUAGACCACGCGUGCUUUUGUUCAUUCUUUUUCUUAGGCACGGCUUCCCGUGGCUGUUUGACAUCUUGGGCAUUGUGAACUUCGGCGAGAAUCCUACGACCAAAAGCGUGGCCUUCCAGUGGGUCAAGGCGGUCAUGUACCUCAAGCAGCGUCUAUCACUACACAACGCCUCGACCUUGUUGUUCGUACACCACUACUAUUAGUCUCGAACGCCUUCGCACGCCUAUUCGAGCGCAACAACUUUUGGCUUGCGCGCAGGCACGCCCUCUUCGACUGGCACCCGUACCUGGACGUCUGCGUGCAGUGCCGCAAGCGCGCCAUCUCGGCCCUCGCGUGCGCGUCCCGAGUCCUGCAGAACCGCACUCCGACCGCCGCCGACGCGCCCGCUAAUAUCGCGUCCGCGCGCAGGCGCGUCCGCGGCCUCCCGCUCUUCGACCAGAACCCCGAGUGCCGCGCGGCCCAGGAGCCCUACUGGAUGCGAAUUUUUGUGGGGUCGCCGAUCUACAUGGCCGGCACCGCUCCCGGCCGCAUUUUCUUGUUCAAGGCCGCCGACUCGCUUUCUGGUGUCACAGACGUCACGUUUACUGCUACCGACUUCGCUCAGCUGGAGCGAGGCGAGUGCGUCAAAGGCUGCUAUGCGCUCUGCUUCUGCUGUCCUACUCGUGUCCGACUCGAAGGGUCCCUCAACUUGGAGCGCUCUCGAUCGGGACGGGUAGUCUGGGUCUACGCCUCUCAAACCGUCCCAAACGAGUGAUGCGCACGCAGGCCACUGCUGCUACCCGCUCGAGGGCAAUUCGUAUUAUGUGGUCAUCUUGCACCCCUCCCAGAAGAGCGUGGCCACGGUCGUGGCUGACUUAUUAGCGAGAACUUUCUACGACGGCUCCUCGCCGGUGCGUACCCGAGUUGAUGAGCUGCUUUCAUGCGCAUACGACUCACAUAUUAUCGUAGGUACUUGGAGAGAAUUGUCACUGCUUCCAGGACUUUAGAAGCUACCUGUACGGCGCGCUGCGGACCGGCAACGCCACGGGCGAGUUCCUGUGGCACGUCUGCGUCAAAGGAGCCAUGUACGGCGACCUCCCGAACACGAUGCCGGCCGAGGCGCUCGAGGAAGACGACGACGCGGAGCCGGCCGUGCCGAACCCGGAGGAGGAGGACCUGUCCGCGCCGCCGGACGCGCCGCACGACGUGGUCUCGGCGGUCGUCGCGCAGCAGGUGGAGGCCCAGGGCGCUACAAAUGUUGUCAUUGACGAAGGUGCUGUGGUGGAGAGAGCGCCGGCGUCGGACGAGCAGGAGGACGUGGUCGACCCGGUCGACGAGCUGAUUUCUACGCCGCUGCCGGUCGGUGCUCCGCUCUGGGCGCCCGAGGUACGCUCUCUACUCAAGGAGGUGAAGGACAUGCCUCUUUCUCAAAUUAGUCUGGCGCUGCAGGACUGUGGCUUCUCGGUCAAGACGACCUGGACGUCGCUUCAUGCUAGACCGCCAGCGGACUUUCCCUGCUUCAACGAGCUCGUCGGCAAGAACAACUCUAGGGGUUAUUCGGAUGUGGUCCGGUCGAAAACGCAGCUCGUCGACUACUUGAGGAUCGCGCUCGAGCGGGUGCACGACCGCAAAGAAGUUCAGCUCGAGUCCGCGCGGCGCGAAGAAUUAGCUGCUGGUUCUCAAGGAGGGAACCCGGGCAACAUUUUAGAUACAGACGCUCUGAGCGGCGCCGACGUCGCGGAGGACGUCAUGCAGUCGGUCGGAGCGUCGCAACCGGAGGCUUCAGUAACGGCGAAGCGCGCGCAAUCCGAACUGUUAAAACACCCGAAGGCUUUGCUUAAGGGCGAUCCCAAUGCCGAGGCGAAGUGCGACGCUGCGUUGGGGAAUUUUGAGCGGCCAAUCCUGCGCGGCAAGUUCGAGAGCAAACGCCAGACGCUAAAAAGUUUGUGCAAGCACCAGUGCGCGUUCCACAUGGUCUACGGCGCGGACGCGUCGCCUACCGCUUUAGAUGGACCGUCAGAAGAGUGGUUCGAGCAGAAAGAAGGCGAAGACUACCUACGGCCGAAGAUCGUCUUUGAGGACAAGUCGGACAUUGAGUCUGAUGAAGUUGUCAAAGAAUUUGAGCGGCGCGAUGCGCUUAUUGCUGCGGGCGGUUUCCCGGUCAACCUCGUGACUUUGGCGGUCGCGAUGGGAGACGAACCCCAGGUGCCGAGGGUGCCGUCGACGUCCUAUAGCUCAACAAGAGACGCGACCAUCGUGAAGCUGCGCAAGGAGAUCCGCGAUAAGGCCAACGAUCGCGAGCGCAAGCUCCGCGAGGCGUACAAGCGGAACGGCUUUGGUCCAACACCAAUGGACACCGUCGACGGCUGACUGUGCUGUUCUCUGUACAUGUACCACGGGCGCGGGUUGUGCGUCUGCUGCGAGUCAUCCUGAAACUAUCCCUCCCCCAAACAAAAAAGAGAAAAAAAGAAACAAAAACAAAAAAAAAUAGGAGACUUCCAGUCCACGGUCGUCGCGAGGCUGCCGGCGACGGGGUUUUCCAUCUAAUAAAAAUCAAAAAUAA